GAAGAAGUUCCUCAUUGAGGGAACUCUGGUGUCAAGCCACCUAUUUGAAUCUCUGUUGUGGUCCGUCAGCAGCCUAUGGACCUGGCAACCGAGUCAGACAGCGAUGAGGCUGAGGAGAUGGCUCCCUGGCCUGAACUGGAAGACCCAGACACCAAUAAAUAUAUUGAAGACCCUUCCUCAAAACCCAAGAAGAUCAUGUCUUACAAAGAGGGGAAAGACACCAAAGAUGGGGUCGUUUCCAAGGUGAAUCAGGUGGAACUUCUACCUGCGUAUUCCACCAUUGCUUUGACCGCUGCAUCUGAAGAGGAAGAAGAAGAUCCGUGGAGCCUACCAGAACUUCAGGAUACCGGAAUCCAGUGGUCAGAGCUUGAUGGAAAACACAAAGUCAUUUAUAUUUUGCGAGGCAUCGGGAAAUUUAUCCUUCUGCUCGGAUUGCUUUACUUUUUCGUUUGCUCCUUGGAUGUGCUCAGCUCUGCCUUCCAGUUAGUUGGAGGCAAAGCAGCAGGAGACAUUUUCAAGGAUGGUUCCGUCUUAUCAAACCCCGUCGCAGGCCUGGUCAUCGGCGUUCUGGUAACCGUCAUGGUGCAAAGUUCUAGCACGUCGUCUUCUAUCAUUGUCAGCAUGGUGUCUUCUUCGCUAUUGAGUGUUAAGCACGCUAUCCCGAUCAUAAUGGGAGCCAAUAUUGGGACGUCGGUUACAAACACCAUUGUGGCACUCAUGCAGGCUGGAGACAGGAAUGAAUUUCGAAGGGCCUUUGCAGGAGCCACUGUCCACGAUUUCUUUAACUGGCUUUCUGUGUUUGUACUCUUGCCCAUCGAAGUUGUAUCUCAGUAUCUCUUCCGCCUGACCAGCCUUAUUGUGGACUCGUUUCAGCUGGAAAGCGGGGAAAAUGCCCCUGAAUUGCUAAAAGUCAUCACGGAUCCCUUCACAAAACUCAUCAUCCAGCUCGAUAAAUCGGUCAUCAAUGCAAUCGCUACGGGAGAGGAAUCAGCCAAAAACAAAUCCCUGGUGAAAAUUUGGUGCAAAACGAAAACGAGCGUGGCUGAACUGAAUACAACCAUCUCAGCAUCCGAAAACUGCACGUCGCCAGAUCUUUGCUGGAUCAGCGGAAACGUGACCUGGACCAUCAGAAACGUGUCGGAGACACAGUAUCUCACAAAAUGCAAGCACAUUUUUGUAGGGUCUCAGCUUCAAGAUCUGGCCAUUGGUCUCAUCCUGCUCGCGCUCUCUCUGCUCGUCCUCUGCACUUGCUUAGUAUUGAUUGUUAAACUGUUGAACUCGGUCCUUAAAGGACAAGUCGCAAAUGUCAUCAAGAAAACACUCAAUACUGAUUUCCCGUUUCCGUUUUCUUGGAUAACUGGUUAUCUGGCUAUGCUAGUCGGAGCUGGGAUGACCUUCAUUGUUCAAAGCAGUUCAGUCUUCACCUCGGCUAUCACUCCGCUUGUUGGAAUUGGGGUUAUAAGUAUAGAGCGGGCCUACCCGCUAACCUUGGGAUCGAAUAUUGGGACAACCACAACAGCUAUUCUAGCUGCAAUGGCCAGCCCUGGAAACCGACUGAAAUAUUCCUUACAGAUCGCUCUGUGCCAUUUCUUUUUCAAUAUCUCGGGGAUCAUCCUUUGGUACCCACUUCCUUUUAUGCGUAUCCCCAUUCGCUUGUCAAAAGCUCUGGGGAACAUCACCGCCAAGUACCGAUGGUUCGCCAUUUUCUACCUCCUCUCCUGCUUCUUCUUGAUCCCUUUGGCCGUGUUCGGCCUUUCGGUGGCCGGUUGGCCCUACCUGGUGGGCGUGGCUGUCCCCGUCUUCGUGGCCUUGAUCUUGGUGCUCACCGUCCACCUCCUGCAGAAGAAGAAGCCACACUUGCUCCCGGAGAAGCUCCGAAGUUGGGAUUUCCUUCCUCGGUGGAUGCAUUCCUUGCGGCCCUGGGAUGAAGUCAUAACCGGCGCAGGUGUCGCCUGUGGCAGAUAUUGUUGCUGCUGUUGCAAGCGCUGUCGAAACAAGGAGACCGCCCCGAGCGAAGAAGCCAAGCACACGAAAACGAUGGAAGUUCACGAGAACCCCGUAUCGUUGGCCGAUGAAGAGAACUGUCUUUCCAAGGCCACGAAAGCAGAGAAAGCCGACUUGAGCACUACGGCAUUGUAGCAGAGGGGGAAGUUGAGACUGGAGGUCCAGGGACGAAACGCUUGAUGGGACUGCCUGGAUGGGGAACAUGGGCCAGUGACUUGCACUCAGUGAGAAGAUUGAACCAGGGAUGGGUAACAACAAUUGUCAGGAACCCUUAAGCCAUGUCAAAAUCUCAAGACACGCAUUCAAAUCAUCCGUAAGACCAAGGCCUUACCUCACAUCUGCUCAGGUCAAAGAACAAGGGAAGCCCUGUACUUGUCUCCAGACUAAGGAAGGCCUGUGGACAAGUACUCCACUUGUUUUUUUGGUUUUUUUUAGAGAUCUAUGGGCCAACAGCGCUUCUGCCCAUCACUGCUUAGACGUUCUCGUUUGCAGUCCUGUAGAAGUCCAAUCUACUCCGCAUUCUUCAGCAUCAGUAGACCCACAAGUAGGACAUCUGGCCACGGGCUAUAUCAUACAAUAAUAUAUCACUAGCUGGAUCAGGUUUUCAGCAAGAGCUUUAAAACUGUAUCCCCUCACUCCGAUGUUUUGGACAGCCCAGGCCUAUGCCCUUGUAACAUAAUGUAAUAUAGUGUGUACCACGCAGAACUGUUUGACCAAUUGAAUCUUCUAAAACCUUCAAGAAGUGCCGGUUAAGGUGUGCGUUAAAGAAAUUAUCUCUCCAUAUAUUUUAGUACUCUAGGUUCUGUGGUUUGUGCAAUUUAUGUCCUUCCUAAAGCACUUGUCUUUUUCGGACCUAAAUUAUUUGAAGGCUGAAUUGAGAGAACCAUUGUUGAAGGAUUGAGCACCUAUAUCUCCACAGGUUAUGCAGGAACGCCAUUUUUGAUUUGUAGAUCCAAGGAAGAAGAGGGGGUAUAGAGCAAGCGGUACAGGGGGAUGUUCACAAGGUUUUCUCCUCCUGACAAGAUUAAAUUAUGUAAAUAAUGUGUCUUUAAGAAGUGAAUUGCCCUAAAAAUAUACCUCGUGUUCCAGAAGCAUUAACUCACGGAACGUCCCAAAACGGGGUGAGAGAAAGCCCACUGCUCUUACACACAACCUUUUUACCUCUGUUGUCGGGUGUGAGGGUGUCUGAUUGUGUUCACUGCUCUGUAAAUAGCCAGUUCACCAUGGUCAACUCACUCGGGCCAACUCGCCAUGGGACAAGAGUUACACGAAUAUCAAAGAAAUUGUGGAAUGGAGUCAUGGCAGAAAAGACAUCAAAAGGAAGGACAAAAUGAAAUGCGAAUGACAAAAAUUAAAUUAUUGUAAACAAUUAAAUUGAACUGUUGAAUUGUCCUGUGGCAAGUUGGCCACGGUGCGUUGGCCAUGGUGAGUUGUCCGAUUCGACUCUAAACAGUAGUUUGUUGACAUGUAGCAUUAUACAAACCAGACUUCGGAUCAAAGACAGUGACUUGUAGAUAAGGUUUGUGUCCCAUAUUUGGAGAAGCUCUUUUAACUAGAGGCUCUUUGGAUAUGCGGAACAAAUUUAUGCAGGAGAAGUUGCGAUUUUGGUACCUUUUGGUGGCAUGUCCCCCACCGUUUUCCUUUCAAGCCACUGAGUAGCCAUCUCAGUCAACCAGGACGAAACCUGGAUCCCAAGAUUAUUGUAAACCCAUGCUGCUGAACAGAAAAUUAGCCUUUUACUUCAAGGUCACCAAGAUCAAAAAGAGAAAUAAUUCAUAUCUUGAGACGUGCUAUGCUCUAUUACAGCUUAAUGUCCCUUGCGUCCAGUUAUUAUCGUUCUGUUUAUUGCGUCGUGGGCUGUUUUUCCAAUCACUGAUAAUGUAUCCAUCAUUUUCCUCAUGAUCCCCUUAAUCGCAAAAUGAUCUGCAUUUCUUGGAAUGUACUACUAUAAAGAAUUUUAUCUAGAUGUAGAUAUAGAAUUAUAUUUAUUUGGCCAUCCAGUCAAAAUGCACAUACUUGAAUCUCUCUUGUCAGGAUCAUUGAGACUUGAAAGGGCUCAGCUCAGGUAGCAAUUACAGGCUGGAAGUCCAUAUUAAAUAUUAGCAAGAAGUAUGCAAGGCCAAUUCAGCUUUUUUUAAUAUAUAUAUAUUAAUACUGAUAGAUUACAGUGGAGAAAUCGUGUCUUCCAUUUAUUGCUACUGAGAUCAGUGAAAUUUAAAAGUGCUUAAAGGUACAUUUCUUGGAAAGCAGAGGAAGUGAUCCUGCAGCCCAAUCUCAUGCAAGUUUACUCAAAAGUAAACUCCCUAUGAUUCACCCAAGAUAACUUUUAAUUGAAAAGCAGUUUGGGUGUGUAUUUGUACUGGAAAGAGACCACUUUCUAAUGAAUGCUCAGACCUGCCUGGCUUCAAAGUGCAUUUAAGAAAGCUCAAGAUUUAACCAACUUAAAAGCAGGGUGAAAUCUACUUACCUUCCUUACCGGUUUGGAAGUAGACACGCUCUGCAUGCACAUCACUUGUAAAAAAAAAACACAUUAAAACCAGGAAGUAAUGACACCCAGGCGGGUGGGCGGAGCUUUGCUACCGGACCGCUGAACCACCGGGCAUGAUCACUACCGGAUCGCGCGAUCCGGUCAGAACCGGGAGCAUUUCACCCCUGCUUAAAAGGAUAGAAAAUAGUUGUAGAUAUUUGGGUGGUAAGAUGUUGGUUUGUUCUCCGGGCUUCUUGUUUUGCUUCCGAAAGCUUUAUCUCCGGGUGAGGUGACCUCCUCAACGGGACUUUGGUUGAAGCAUCUCGGUUCUUCUCUGCUUUUAUUGAUCUCAUGUGGUCAGUGGGUUAUGUGUGACCAGCUGGUCGUACCGUGUGUGAAGGUCACCGGUUGAGAUCAAUAAAAGCGGGGAAGAACUGAAAUAAGAUGCUACAAUGAAGCAUUUGGCAAUCCGGAGAACAAAUCUUCACCAUUUCUUUAUCAACGUUAUGCAGAAAUGGAUUCAUUUCGAUGCAAUAUCAUAGACGUGAAGUUUCUACGGUAUUAAUAAUAGUUGGCACCUGGCAGAAACAGUCUGACACAACAAAAAAUUUAUUAAACAAGGGGUGUAAGGGUGGGGGGGGGAAGGAAGAGUCAUCAGAAUCAAAAUGGCGGUUGCUACAACUUUGCAAUCAAGUCCCACCUGUUUUUGAUGGGAACUAUCUUUCUUAUGAUAAUGUUGCUUGUUUGGGGAGCAAAAUAGUGUCUUCACACUCAAUCACUAAUAUUAGCCGUUGGGGGUCGUUCAUAUUUGUUAAACAGAAUACUGAGACUCAAUUCCGUAGACUUUUGGCCUUCUGAAAAACUUCUCAGAAAAACGGAAAAAUAUUCUUUGUAUGGAGCUCUGCUUUCUGGUUGACCGACUCUGAUGCUGUAACUCAAUCUACCUCUUGUUCCCUUCGGUGGAAUCGUUGUUUAGAGGGAAAGUGGGAACACUUUCCAAGCAAAACGAAGUUGGAUUUCCAAGGGCCAACAUAGCGGGGGGGAUUAAGGAGUACUAGAGCCCGUGUUCAGAAAAGUUGAGAAGCAGAAUUUUUGAGGGUUAUGUAGAACCGGGCAGAAGCAUAAGAAGGGGAGUAAACUGGACAAGAUUAGGAUUAGAAAAUACACUUACGUUUAUACAUAAUCAAAUAUUAUAUCUCUCGGCUUAAUGAGCCAAUAUUUUAGCUCUUCAGCGGUAUUUUAUUGGAGGGUUUGAAUCAAUUUAUCAAUUAAGCAAAUUCAAUUAAUUCUAUCGUUUGUUACUGGAUGGAUAAUGGUCGCGUUUUUCAGUCCCUGUGUAGAGAAAUAUACAUAGCACCAAUUGAACAUAAAUGUAACCAAGAACGUGGGUUUUGUAACUUAAUUUGGUGAUUGUAAACCAGCUUCCAAUUCCAAGAUGGCGCCGACAAAGGCUGCCUCGGUGAAAUGCUCUCUAUUCUAUUCUAUUCUUUUCCUUCCUAAGGUGUAAGGAAGGCUGGAAAACUGAACCAGCAGAGAAACAGAAGAGUUGUUUUGAACAGGGAAGGUGGGGAAACCAAGCCAAGUCUCCAGCUACUGUACAAUCUCCAUCAAUUUUCUAGAACAUUACACUGAUGGUUGCUAUCCCACCAGGGACUCUGUCGAUGGUCUUCAAAGUUGAAGCACUGCAACACUCCUGUGGCCUCUGCUUCAUAAUUACAGAAUUCAUUUAUCUGAUUUUUAUGGAGCUGCCCGCUCCCAAAGACACAUGAUGGGAACUUGGGGGUGCAACUAGCUGUUGAUGUUUGCCAUGAUACAAUUCCAAAUAAUAAUAAUAAUAAUAAUAAUAAUAAUAAUAAUAAUAAUAAUAAUAAUAAUAAUAAUAAUGAUAAUAAUAAUGAUGUUUUAAUUUGUAUACCGCCCUUCUCCCGAAGGACUCAGGGCGGUGAACAGGCAGAUAAAAUACAGACAUACACAAUAGUUAAAACAACCCUUAAAAAACUGAUUUAAAUUUGCCCAAAAAUUAAAAUAGCAUACACCCCCAUAAAAUUACAAAAAUUUAAAAACCCAUCAUUCAACUAAAAUUUAGAGAUAAAAAUCAAGCUAGUCCAGCCAUACGAAAUAAAUAGGUUUUAAGUUCGCGGCGGAAGGUCCUAAGGUCAGGUAGUUGUCGAAGCCCGAGGGGAAGUUCGUUCCACAGGGUCGGAGCCCCCACAGAGAAGGCCCUCCCCCUGGGGGCCGCCAGUCGACACUGUUUGGCUGAUGGCACCCUGAGGAGUCCCUCUCUGUGGGAACGCACCGGACGAUGGGAGAUAGAGGCCGGCAGUAGACGGUCCCGUAAAUAGCCCGGUCCUAAGCCAUGGAGCGCUUUAAAGGUGGUAACCAAUACCUUGAAGCGCACCCGGAAAACAACAGGUAGCCAAUGCAGUCUGCGCAGGAUAGGUGUUACGUGGGAGCUCCGAACCGCUCCCUCAAUAACCCGCGCAGCCGCGUUCUGGACUAGCUGAAGUCUCCGGGUGCUCUUCAAGGGGAGCCCCAUGUAGAGAGCAUUGCAGUAGUCCAAAUGUUUAGUUCAAUGUCUUCAUUUCAGUUGAUUGCGUUGCAUGGCCCGUUUUACAACCAUCCAAAGGACAUAACCCCAAGUAGGAGCAGAUUGUUUACCCAAGGGUCAUCAGAUACAGAAGUAGGUUUUGGUGGGUGGGUGAAAUUUGAAUCUGGAGAUCAGAUGUUCAGAGCAAGACAACUUGCGCCAACCAUGGUCUUUCCUGCUUUCUAAAGUUGUAACUCAGGAAGGCGGCUUUCAAUCUCAUGUAACGUGUCCCCAUCAACCUCAACGCACCCACCUUGUACACACUAACAGUACAAAAGAGAGAGGGGGAGAAUUAUGGAAGGACCCACAACUGUAAGUCAACAUCCGUUUCACACGUAACUUCCCCGUCUCUCCCGUCCAAUCAUGAAUGUUCCUUGCAUUUGCUUUCUCCAACCUGGUCCUCUCUCGUUAACUUGAAGUUUGCAUGCUGGGAUAUGAAGGUAGUUGCAGUAGAAGACAACAGGCAAGUUUUCUAGAUUCAGGGAAAUCGGGGUCUCCUCCAGAGUCCCCUAUGAAAACAUCAGAUCAUGGUAACCUCAUCUCUUUUUAGCAUUUCCCAUUAUUAUUUAUAACGUCGUUCUGUGUGUGUGGUUUUUUUUUAGUGUACAGUUUUGCAUAUGUUCUCUAAGGAACCUUGCUUGUGACAUUUGAAUUAUGUAUUGCGUAUUUUACAAUGUUGUGGUGUUUAUAAGGAACGUCGGGGGAGGGGCGGGAAGACUUCUGUAAAAUAGCUUUGCGUUGCCCUAUUUUAGAAAGGAAUGAGCGGGAAUAUUGCUUGCUUUAAUAAAAUUUGUUGAAAAAGCAAAACAAAACAAAAAAAAACACCAACAACCCCACUUUGCCAUUUCUGUGAUGCAUUAAAAUAUUGAGCUAUAGAUACAUAUAUAUAUUUACAUCUUAGUCCCUUUGGCUUUUGUUUAUUUUGUAACAAAGAUUCUUCCUUAAACUGUGGAUAAAACUACGAAUGACCAACAAUGUAAAAUGGAAUGGUAUUGUAAUUCAGCAUGGUUUUUAUCUCAUUGGAAAAGAAUGACAGGAUAUUGAAUGCAAUAUCAAAAAUGGAAAAUUAAAAGA